AAAGGUCAAAUUUAAAGAAAAACCAGAAUUUAUCGGUUAAACGUUAUUUCCACAAGAAAUUGGUAAUAUUAUCAGUUAAAUAUUGUCUGAUUAUUAUAUUGAGCCGGAAUACGGUAGUUUUUAUGACUUUUAUUCGUCUUUUUAUUUUUUCGUUAAGUGGCUUACCUCCCUUGUUUAAACUACGCUGUGACGUCAUUGGUGAAAUGUCAGUCCGCCAUUACAUGCAUACAUGAUUAGCGAGGCGACAGUUAAUUUUGUUUUUCGGGCAUUACAUUCUUCGGAUUUUUGUUUAUUGUGUAUUUUCAUGUUGUUGGAUAUUUACAUGUGGAUUAGUUAUGGUUUUGUGUGCUGCCUUUGGCUGUAAUUCUCUCUCAGGUCGAGAAAAGGUGAAUUUUUUUCGAUUUCCGAAAGACAAGAAACUUCGAAAAGUUUGGUGCAACAAGAUCGGUCGUGCAAACUCUGCUAGUAAAUACAAAGUGUAUUCACCAAAUAAGAACAGUCGGUUGUGUUCGCUACACUUUGAAGAGGAUCAAUUUACACAUAGUGCAUCAUUUUUAGAGACAAUUGGUUUUAAAGCAACAUUCAGGAGAACUCUCAAGACAGACGCCGUGCCCACCAUUUUUUCAGUCACCGCCGGGAAGCGGUUAGAAAUUCAACAAAAAAGAAGGCACUCUUCAGAAGUUCUGCUUGAAAAAAAAAGAAAAAAUCAAAUCCAAUAUGAGGCAAAGAACCCCACCCACACCUUGACAGAAGAGGCUCCAUGCCUUGAUUCCCAGGAGCAGACUACAGUGUUUGAUAUCAGUGGGCCUCUAACAGCAACACCAUUACAACUGCCAGAUGAUUGUGUAAAUUUGGAAACUUUGGCAACAGUCGCAAGCAAUGCCCAGACAUUCCAAGUGCCCCAAGUGUACCAUGUUCAGUGCCAGACACCAGCUUUGUGGACUGCUGACAAAGUAAGAGCACCACAGGUUUCUUGUGGAACACAGACAGAAUGGGAGGAAGAUCUUCAAAAUGACUUGAAGAUACCCACACCAACUACUAGUGUGUGCGAGGACAGCUUCCUCUCUGGUUUGAAUCAUUCGCGAGAAGAUGAAAGUUUGGAUGUAACAUGGGAGCCAUCACAUGAUGAUGAUGGAGACAGUGAUGAUUGUGAACAAAUGGAGUGGGAAGGAAGUCAGAGCCAGGUGGCUAGCGAAAAUUUAUUGUUUCAGAGACAUGUUUAAAUAAAUUGUUAAGUAAGUGCUCAACAUGUAACAAGCCUGUUGUUGUAGAUAAAAUAGUGAAAGGCUGCCUUCUUGUAUGCACUAAGACAUGCAGUUACUGCAAUGAGACAAACACAUGGGAAA